AUGAAUGGGUUCAGAGGUACAGGCAUCUAUCCUUUUAGUAAAAAUUGUUUUACUGAUGGUGAUUUUAUAUCGUCGUCUGUUAUUCUGGGCACAAGAAAAGCAAUAGUUGAAAUACGAGAUGGCACCCGUGGAAACGAAGCUUCACCUGACAGUCAAGACAACCCUUCACGUUCAAAUGUUACCUUUACGUCCAGCGCUAGUUCAUCUGGUACAAUUCACACUUUGGAUCGCAAAUUAGAUGAGGAAGAGGAAAACUCAAUUUUUGAAACUGAAUCUGUUGGUUUAUAUAGUAACAAACAAACAGAAACUGAAUUAACUAUGAAUAAGAAAAACUUAUCUGUAUUGAAAGGUCAUUUUGUUACUCCAUUUGAGCUGCGAGGAUUUCCAAAAGGUGCACCUAGAAAGAAUUUAAAUAGGAAACGAAAAACAGAGAAGAGCAUUAUUUUAACUAGCAUACCAGAAAUGAGAAAUCUUCCUUAUAAAACAGAAGAAAGAAAAACCCCAAACACGACUGCAGUUGAGAAGGACUCUUCCGACGAGGAAUUAUCAUUAGAAGACCUUAAAUAUAGCAUGAUACAGGAACAGAAAGAAAACUUGGAAUCUUAUGAAAUUACUGAAAGCACUUAUACUUUGAAAGAUUCUUUCGUCUUGAUUUGUCACGAAGACGGUGAACCCGUCUUCGGUGUAGUCCAGAAAUCUGCUUGUGGUCAACGCGACUUAACACUGCCGAAAAUGUGCGAGGUGCUAAGGACUACUUUCUGGAUUUAUUAUUAUCUCUUCUAUUAUUAA